CGCUUUAGUGCAACUAUAACCGCCUCGGUAAUCAUUCCGAAGUUGAUUCCUAAUGCUCCGAUCGAAGACUCCCACUCUCACAACACACAACACAAUCAAGCCCGACUCUCCCUUUUCUUUUUUACUCUCCUUGCAUAUUUUCCGCACCCUCUAGGAUAUAUGCCUGGUCGGACCAUUGCAUCCCUCGCGCAAAGAACCCGCCGUACCAACGAUCCCACCCUCACCCACCACCACCGCAUCAUGGCUCAAGCCCCCGCGCCGAAGCGCCCUAUAAAGGUAUUGAUGCUUCACGGCUUCACGCAGUCCGGCCCCUCGUUCCACGCCAAAACGCGCGCGCUGGAAAAAAACCUGCACAAGGCGUUUCCGGCGGGGAUAUCGCUCACGUACUUGACCGCCCCGCACCGCCUCGCUCCAACAGAUAUCCCCUUCGCGCUCCCCUCGCAAGCAACCGCAGACACGCACGCCGCCCCAGAAGAAAUCGAAGCAUUCGGCUGGUGGCGCAAGAAAACGCUUCCGCAGGCCGCGGCCGCAGGCACCAACGCAGAUGACGAGCUGGUGUACGAGGGCCUCGAAGCGGGGCUCGCGACGGUCGCGGGGACGCUGGCAUCGCAGGGCCCGUUUGACGGCGUGAUCGGGUUCUCGCAGGGCGCGGCAUGUGCGGCGAUGGUGGCAGCGCUGCUAGAGCCCGGGCGGCGCGAGGCGUUUGCCGCGCAGCGAGCGCGACACAGCUCGAGCAUGGAGUAUCCUUCGUCGUUUGCGGAGCUCGAGCAUGCGCCGCUGAAGUUUGCGGUUGCGUACUCGGGGUUCGUUGCGCGCGGGGGCGAGCGGUAUAAGGGGUUUUACGAGCCUAGGAUUGCGACGCCGUCGAUGCAUUUCUUGGGGACGUUGGAUGCGGUUGUUGAUGAGGGGAAGAGUUUGGCGCUUGCGGCUGCUUGCGAGGGGACUGGCGAUGGGUCGGGGAGGGUCGUCUAUCACCCUGGGGGGCAUUUCUUGCCGAGUAGUCAGAAGGCGUAUGUCAGUGCUUUGAUUGGGUUCAUGAAGGAGAUCCUGGCAAAGGCCGAGCAUGGAGAGAAAGAGAAGGAGGAGGAGAGUGUAGAGGAUAUGGACAUGCCGUUUUGA